UUCGAGCGGGUUUGUGAAAUAUGCGUCGGCCGACGAGGUGCAUUUUGUGCGGUGGUGCAACAGCCGCUGGUAAAUUUAGGAGCGUUUUGCCGCCGUCUGUCAGCCGACGAGCAGUUAGAGGAGAGCAGGUCGCGCUGCGUCGUCGCUCCGCCGCAGACAAAUAAAGCGGCCAGAACAAAGGCCGCGACUCCACGACACCGCGAUCGACCGGCGGCGUCUGCCGAGAAGCGCCGGCGGAAAAUUGGCAUUUUUCUGACUCGUGAAACGACGCAGGUGCAGCCCUCUGGUGGACAUGGUGGGCGCCGCGUCGAGGGGUUGAGAGCUCGAGCAGCAGCAGGAGUGAGAGAGGCAGCGCGUGCGUCCGGCCCGGCGACGGAGCGAGGAAGAAGGGGAGGAUCGGAGCAGUUGCGACCGGAGCGGCCGGAGAACCGAGUCAGUCCGUCGUCAGUCGGUGUGUCGGGUUGCAGCCAGUGUGCGAUGGUGCUGCAGAUCGAGUGCAGCUAGAAAGCCGACGUCGACGAGCCCGCUGCUGCUGCUGUUGCUGAAGCUGCUGAGGACCCGAGCGCUGAGAUGAGUGCGCGAACGCUGGCAGCGGCGGCCGCGUUGGCCGCCACGUGGGUGGCCGCGGCGGCCCAGGAAAACGGCACGACGUCGGCCGAGGCCAUCGAGGACACCGGAACGACGUGCGAGGACGGACUGGUCAUUCCCAUGUGGCUGCCUCAGGAGAACCUGACCGCCGGUGACCGCUUCGCCCGCGGCUUCGUCUACUUCUUCGCCAUGGUGUACCUCUUCAUCGGCGUGUCCAUCAUCGCGGACCGCUUCAUGGCGUCCAUCGAGGUGAUCACCUCCAAAGAGAAGGAGAUCACGGUGAAGAAGGCCAACGGCGAGACCCAAAUCGUGGUGGUGCGCGUGUGGAACGAGACGGUGGCCAACCUGACCCUGAUGGCGUUGGGCUCGUCGGCACCCGAGAUCCUACUGUCCAUCAUUGAAAUCUACGCCAAGAACUUUACGGCCGGUGACCUGGGCCCCGGCACCAUCGUUGGCUCGGCCGCCUACAACCUGUUCGUGAUCAUCGCCCUGUGCAUUUACGUCAUCCCCAACGGCGAGGUGCGCAAGAUCAAGCAUCUCCGCGUCUUCUUCGUCACGGCCACGUGGUCCGUGUUCGCCUACGUGUGGCUCUACCUGAUCCUGGAAGUGAUCUCGCGCGGCGAGGUCGAGGUCUGGGAGGCCUUCCUCACCUUCCUCUUCUUCCCCGCCACCGUGCUGACGGCCUACAUCGCCGACCGCCGCCUGCUAAUCUACAAGUACCUCAACAAGAAUUACAGAAUGAACAAACGCGGCAUGAUCGUCGAGACCGAAGGCGGCGGCGACCUGGAGAUGAACAACGUCGACGGCAUGCUCAAGACCUUCGACGAGGAGGAGAACGAGGAGAUCCGCGAGUUCGAGCAGAACCGUCGUGAGUACAUCACCAUGCUGCGCGAGCUGAGAAAGAAACACCCCAACAUGGACAUGGAGCAGAUCGAGGCGAUGGCCCGCGAGGAGGUGUUCAACAAGGGACCCAAGAGCAGAGCCUACUACCGCAUCCAGGCCACCCGCAAACUGGUGGGCGGCACCAACCUGGUGAAGAAGGCGCAGGAACGCGAUGCCCACGAGCGCGAGGAGGUCAAGGAGGAGAUCCUCCACUUCGACGAGCACAAGAUCAGGGUCUACUUCGACCCGGGCCACUACACCGUCAUGGAGAACGUCGGCACCUUCGAGGUGACCGUGGUGCGCGAGGGCGGCGACCCGAACGCCAUCGUGCUCGUCGACUACGCGUCCGAGGACGGGUCGGCCAACGCCGGCUCCGACUACAUGGGCGUGGCCGGCACCCUGGUCUUCGGCCCCGGCGAGAAGGAGAAGAAGUUCAGCAUCGAGGUGCUGGACGACGACGUUUUCGAGGAGGACGAGCACUUCUACGUGCGACUGACCAACCUCAGGUUCGGCAGCGUUGACUCGUGGCCCGGUGCGCAGAACGGCGACGCCAACAACAGCACCGUAACUGCCACCGGCAAGGGCACGUGCACCGACGAACUCGAGCUGGCCAUGCCCUCGCUGGUCACGGUGAUGAUCCUCGACGACGAUCACGGCGGCAUCUUCAGCAUUGCCGAGAAGGAUACGAUCGAACUAGUCGAGAGCGUCGGCACCUACGAGUUGCGCAUCGUGCGCUGGAGCGGCGCCCGCGGACGCGUCGCGCUUCCCUACACCACCGAGGACGGCACCGCCAAGGAGGGAAAGGAGUACGAAAAGGCAGAGGGCGAAAUCAUCUUCGAGAACAACGAGAGCGAAAAAGUGAUCGAGUUGCACAUAAUGGAGGAAGAUAGCUAUGAAAAAGAUGUUCUCUUCUACGUGCAACUUGGCGAGCCCAAAAUGCUUGGAGAUUUGGAAGCAGGAAGGGCGGCUGAGGCCGAGACCAAGAAGCCCGACGAGUUGACUGAAGAGGACAAGAUGGCCCUGCUGGGCAGGCCCAAACUCGGCGAGAUCACCAGGGCGCAGAUCAGAAUCAAGGAGAGCAAAGAGUUCAAGAACACUGUUGAUAAGCUUGUCCAACGCGCAAAUGCCUCCAUCAUGGUUGGCACCUCUUCGUGGAAGGAGCAGUUCGUCGAGGCCAUCACCGUCUCUGGAGGCGACGACGAUGACGGCGAGGAGGGCGCGGAACGCGAGGAGAAGAUGCCCUCCUGCGGCGACUACGUCAUACAUUUCCUCACCCUCUUCUGGAAACUGCUGUUCGCCUUCGUGCCCCCCACAGACCAAAUGGGCGGCUGGGCUUGUUUCGUGGUGUCGAUCGCGGGAAUCGGCGCCCUGACGGCUCUGAUCGGUGACGUAGCCUCGCACUUAGGCUGCACGCUCUACAUUCGCGAUGCAGUGACCGCCAUCUCCAUGGUGGCCCUCGGCACCUCAGUGCCAGACACCUUCGCGAGCAAAGUGGCUGCCAUUCAAGACAAGUACGCUGACGCGUCUGUCGGCAACGUGACUGGCAGCAACGCGGUCAACGUGUUCUUGGGCAUCGGCAUCGCCUGGUCCAUCGCCGCGGUCCACCACGCACUUAACGGAGACACCUUCAAGGUCGAUCCUGGAAACCUUGCCUUCUCAGUGACGAUAUUCUGCUCAGAGGCAGCGUUGGCGAUCAUGAUUCUGUUGUUAAGACGUUCGAAACGUGUCGGUGGUGAGUUGGGUGGCCCGAUGCCCUACAAGUUACUCUCCUCGGUGUGCCUCUUCUCGUUGUGGCUCAUCUACCUGCUGCUGUCCACCCUGGAGGCCUACGACAUCAUCGAGGGCUUCUAAGAGGCCCGCAGCAUCCGCGUCCAGGUGCCCGCUCGCGCGCGCGCGGGGCCGUUUUCCCCGCGAAGCAGCGACUCUCGCACCACAACGGAAUUCGAAAGAAGAAAAGAAACGACACUCAUUCAUUCACACUCACAAAAAAAGCAAAUUGAAGCAGCAGAGAACCGGAGCACGAAAUCAAACUGAGAGCUCGGGGCCCCCGACCCGAAGUGGGCCCAGCAAUAAAGACAAGCCAAAGAAGAAAAAUCGACGACGACCGACCGACUGCUUUUGCCGCCACAAAACGAAUGAAACUGACUUUGGAAAAGUUGCCGCCCGGCGUCAGAGACGAUUUUGCGCGCGAGACAGAAUGCUGUUGUUUUUAUUGAGAGAGCAAAUCAUCAUACAACCACGUGUGCGACACGCAAGCAACACGCGGGCAUUAAUUUGUUCUGUUCUUUUUUUAAUUAAAAGCGAGUUAGUAAGAAGUUGACAAGCUCGACGAUUAAUCUCUGUGUAUUUCGGUCAGCCAUUGAGCGUCAUCGUUCGUUUUUUAAUGAUAUCGUUGCUGUCGUUGAGAGAGAUUACAUUUGAAAUACGAUAAAUCGAAAACUACAUAUAUAUAUGUACUCCCUGGUCGUACAAGGCUGUGGUGGUCGAAAUCCGCACACCAGCGGUGCUACAAAGAUCUUGUUUGUCUUUCUAGCUCAGGCAGGAUGAGUUUUGAACCUUCUUGAUUCACACUGGUCCUUGGUUUAGCCAAAAGCCCCGGCGGUGGUAUGAAGCUGCCCCGUGACCCCGCAAAGAGAAACAAUCUACGAAGGCUCUUGGCCGUUUCCAUUUUUGAUAUUGUAAGGGGAAGGACGGGCGGCGCGAGCUGCGAAUUCUCGCUGCAACGCACGCACACGAGCGUAACGCAAGACAAGUCCCAGGCUCGUCUCGGUCCAUGCUCGCAAAGCCCGGUCUUCCCGCGUGGUUUCCUUUCUGCCGCCAAGUCACACAAUAGAGGGGAACAAAGAUGAUACCAAAUUUUAAUGAAUGCACGUUUUGUUUUGAGGCCCCCCUUUUUUGUUUCAACUUGUCUUGCUUUUCAUGUGGUUUCCCAUUUUGAGAGCGAACAGGUAUUCACAAACCGAACUAAAAAGAAAAAUGACCCAGGGAUAUUAAAAUUAAUAAUAUUAGUAAUAAUGUCUAAUCAUAUGUACUCUAGGUUUUUUUCGUGAAAGUGCUAACAGGUGAUCAAUCAAUUUAGCGUACUGUGCGUGAAUGCACGCGAGUGUGUGACGAGAGCAGAUCUUUGGUGUUUGACGUACAUGUAUAAAAUAAGCACACAUCACACACACACGCCACGCCACGCACGUGCAGUGUGUUCUUCGCCAGUGCCAUACUUCGAUAUCAUUACUUUAAACACUCGCCACUAACUCUGUGCUCGCCGUAUUUUUAUUGACGCGAUUAGCGCCUUGUCCCCGUUUGAAAGCGAUGCAGCACACACACAAGAUAAUGAGGAAAACUAGUCGGAUAUUAGCAGCUUGUCGAUCGGACACCUCCCCGCCCGCAAACGUCUCCACUCGCUAAUGACAAGAGAAUAACGAGAACUAACCUCACAAGCAUAUUCCUCUCUUCUAGGGUAGCUAUAUAUUCUUUGUGUUAUUUAACACUUUCGGUUUUCAAAUUUGUCAUUGCUCUCUCUCUUUUGUCCCGCGACUCGCGUCUCCAGGCCAAAUCGUGAAUCCCUCCCUCGUUCGAGAGCCGGGUGGGUGCCAGCUUCUGUUAAAAGCGGAACCCGUCGAACGGCUGCGCGUUUCCUAAAUAAUCUAAAUAAAAUGAAGCCGGAGAUGCGUUUCAGAUUUCUUUUUCGCACUUGCGUCUGCUUUGCCAUCAAAAAGUCUCUCUAUCUCUAUAUAUAACUCUCUAUAUUUCUCUCUCUCUUGAACACACACACGUGAAUGAUCUUCAUACUUGGUAGAAUUAAAUAUUGGAGAAAAAAAAACACAUUUUUAACUCAAUGGGUCCACCUGUGCCUGAGUUGGCUGGGAGAAUUGUGACGAUUAUUAGAAUCACGCGCAUACACACGCACCGUAAUUUUCCUCCGACCUUAAUUUCGUUGGCUUUUUCGCACCUUUCACUCAUUGGCACUGCUCUUUUCCGACCACAACAACUCAGAGAUCAAAGUAUGAAUUUAUUCGGUGAUCGAGAAAAAACAAUCAAAAUCUACCAAACACCAGCCGGAAGCGAUACAAAUCACGGGAGAAACUAAAUUAGAGCAGCAGCAGACUAAUAGAUUUUGUACUCUUGAGAAAAACAAUGAAAUGAUAAAGUCCCUUUUGUAUUUUUGAAAUAAAUUAGCGCGAAAAUGAAUAAGGAAACCCGUAGCUAGAAAAAUUCCAUCGAAAAUGAAAACAAUCAACAAAACUUUUAAAGAGAACGAAUCCAAUCAAAAACAAUUUUAUGCUAACGGGAAGUGCAAAUUUUAUUUCUACGCCCGCCCUCUCAAAGAGCGGAUUGAUGACGAAUCAAAAACAUAUCCCCUGACUUUGUUUCACGAGUAACAAUAAUUAGGAAACGGAAAACAAUUAGCCGAGGAAAAGCGCUGUUGGCUUUUUUAUGCCCUUCUACCGCCGCAUAAAUGCAAAAAAGAACGACGAGAAGCAGAUAUUCUAAAAAGCUACAUCGAUCUACCCGAAAUGAUUGCGUUGUUUACACCAAACGUCUCCCUGGCUCGCAGAGAGAUAAAUUUCAGUUGCAAAAAUCGUCCGUCCCAACUCCCAACGCGAAAAAGAUAAUGACAAAGAAGAAAAGCAGAGAAUCACACAUGGAAUUAAAAAAACAAAAACUAACGAGGUUUUGAGCAAUGCAAAUCAUUCCAAGAGUAACCCACGUUGUUUGUAUAACGGUAAAAGUAACUCGCCCCGUUAAUAUCUCGCAGAGUAAUUACUUAACUAAAUGUGUUUUUGAUUCACUCCUCCGGUGCAUGUCGCGUACGUUUAUCAGAUCGUUUGGUUUCUUUUUUUUACACUUUAAUAGCCGUAUUAUAUCCGAUUGGUGGCGCCGCGUGCCCGGCUCUCGGCAGCGCCACCUUACCGUGCAGGAAGGGAUGCGACGCCGAAGCCACGCGUACGUCCGCCGCCCCCCGCCCCCGCCAGCCCCCGACGAAAGAAAACACAAAAAAACAGCUUCACAGUCAAAAUGAGUUGUUACUUAUAAAUCUCAUUGUUGUUAUAUCGUGUGUCCAGCGCCGUAUUUUUUCAGAAGACGUAAAUAAACCAAUUAUUCCCGUUGCUUGUCGAAAAAUAUGGUUGUUGAUUGUGAUAUAUCAUGUUUGUGAACAGAAAAAUCUCUACUAUGUGCGCAAAAACAGAUCAUGAUGUUAUUGUGUGAUUGCAUUACGUGCAGAUUCACUUUUAAAAAAAAAGAACGAGUGACAAACUGGGAAGGUAAAGUACUAUCUAAUGUUGAAUUUGCAAUUUGAAAAAUUUUAAAUUAUUGUUGUUGUUUUUAAUUUUUUUAAUGAUAUUCUUGAUCACGAUUGUUGUGCAAAUGUUAAUCAAACGCACCAUUUCAAAAUCGCAUCAGUGAAGAACCGGAGAAUUAUAUAUUCUUAAUAUCAUAGUGAUAAGCAUUGGAAAUUAAUGUAAUCGAUUAAUAAUAGCAUGUUUAAACCAAAAGGAAAUCGUACCCCGAAAAUAAAUUUCACUUCCCGCAUUCUAAAGAUAAAAAUGGAAACUAAUAGAACCAUUCAAAGCUGAAGCGAUUGCGAUAUAUAAAUGUAACUCUCUACCAGAGUUUUAAAAUAACACUCUCUCUAACUGGCUUUGUGUAGGAUGAUUUGACGAGAACAAAUUACAUAAUUUUUCUUUGCCGUUCAAGAAGAAAAAGAACAAAGCACGGAUGAUUAAUCGACUUUUUAUUAAUUACAGUUGUUGUGAGAGCACAAUGCUAAAACGCAUUUAUCCAUUGAAGAGGCAUCAAAAUACUGAAAGGGCGCGCGCGCAUUUUUUAUUACACUUAUUUUCUUUUCCUGGGUCUUUCCGCCUUUGCAGCAUUCGCAAGUUUUUGCCAAAUUCGUGAGUCCUUCUCGUUCUUUCAUUUUGCUGUCUCUUGAAAACUUUGGAAAGCCUAUUAAUAACUUUUGUAUCCAAGUUUGUUUGACGCAUGAUAGUAAGACGGAUUUCGUGUAAAUCCAACUCGAACUCCUAAAGACCAUUUUUCGUUUCUAUUCGACCGGCGGUUGUUGCAAACAAUUCAAAUUCGUUAUCGAGGCCAGCUUGGUUUCAAUCAAAAUUCUACAAAACAGAAAGCUGUGCUUUCUUUCGGUUGCUGCCGAAACGCGGAGUUGAUUUCCGCGUUUUGGAUUUUAAAAUGGAUAAUGGUGAAAACAAACACACGACCCAAUUGCUUGUGUUAAGGUAAUUGCUUUAGGCGGUAUGUCUGUUUUUGCAAAACGGAAAAAGUUGUCAACAUAACACACAACACAAACAACUCGAAAUAGAGAACACACACACGUGAAGCUUAUUUAUUUAUUUGUUACACAAUUAUUCUUAUGAUUAUUAUUUGUUUAGCUGGAGAGUUCUUGUAUUACCUGUUUAAUUAACUAACUCGUGAGUAUAGUGUUAUUACGCGCGGCAAGCUCAUUUACACGAAAGUUUGAUUUCUAAAAUUAAAUGAAAAAAAACAGCUAAAACACACACACUCAUAAAAUACCCGCGAGAAAAUUCUGUAUCAAACAACUUUCUCUCUAUCUAUCUUUCUAUCUCUCUUUCUCUCUAUCUCAUGUAAGAUUAAAAGUACGCGCAGUGUACUUCAUUUCAGCUCUACAAUAAAUAUUAAAAAAAUGCAAAACUGUAAAGCAAAGAACAACCCCGCGAGUUCCCAGCCCCCUGUGGUAUUAAUAACAAAAAAGAGAUGAUGAUGAUGAUGCAACCUCAAUGAGUCUUGUAAAUAAAAAAAGAAGGAAAAUAAACUCUUACCAAAGUUUAA